AAAAAGAAUCGCGAUGCUCCGCUUGGGCAGAGCAGUCGCGUUGCUGCGGACGCUUCCCGCCCAGCCCCGGGGGGAACGGGGCAACUUCCCCAGAAGAGCCGCGUCUGCCGGGAGGCAAAAGGAGAUCUUGCUCGAGGUGCACGGAGAGGCUGGCGGCGGUAUUGCAGAAAUUCUGAUGAACAGACCACAUGCCAGAAAUUCACUGGGGAAAGUGCUCGUGGAUGAGCUGUUUGAAACCCUUGAAGUUCUCCAUUUUGAUGAGAGUAUUCGUGUGGUGAUAAUUAAGAGCAAAGUGAAAGGCGUUUUUUGUGCAGGUGCUGACUUAAAAGAGCGUGCUAAAAUGAGCAAUACUGAAACAGACCAUUUUGUUCAGAGGCUCAGAAACUUAAUGGAUGGCAUUGCUGCUCUGCCAAUGCCCACCAUUGCGGCCAUAGAAGGCCAUGCGUUGGGUGGGGGCUUGGAACUGGCACUAGCUUGUGAUCUCCGUGUGGCAGCAUCGUCGGCUAAGAUGGGUUUGAUUGAAACAACAAGAGGACUCUUUCCUGGUGCAGGUGGAACCCAGCGCCUACCACGCUGUAUUGGACUAAGCCGUGCUAAAGAACUAAUUUUUACUGGCAGACAGAUUGAUGGACAAGAGGCGUUCUCAAUAGGUUUGGUUAAUCAUGCAGUGCCACAGAAUGAGGAAGGGGAUGCAGCUUACCAAAGAGCACUGGCUUUGGCUGAAGAGAUUGUUCCUCGGGCUCCCAUAGCUGUGAAAAUGGGAAAAGUGGCUAUAAACAAAGGGAGUGAGGUGAAUAUUUCCUCUGGUAUGGCUAUUGAAAGAAUGUGUUAUGCCCAGAAUAUCCCUACGAGAGACCGGGAGGAAGGGAUGGUAGCUUUCAUAGAGAAACGGCCACCUAAGUUCAUUGGGAAGUGACUUUUGUCAAACUUCGUUCAGUUGACUGAAGACAAUUGCAAGAAGUUACGAGAAGGCUGUGUCUUAUUACAACUUUUUUUCUACAUAAAUUUUAUAUUCAGCCAAC